AUGUCGUUGAAGAGCUCGAGCAUGUCGAUCACCGCCAACACCUCUCUGGCUCCCAACAACGCGUACACCGAUGCUCUCCGCGCUGGCUGCGAGCCACCGCUUCCUCUCGAGCAGCGCCGAGAGAAAAGAAGGAUUUUAAUUCUCUCCCGACGCGCUCCUUCUUUCCUUCCUUGGCCCGCGCGCGUUGGAGCUCGCCCUUCCGUUCUUUCCUUCCUUGGCCCGCGCCCGCGCGCGGUGGAGGCUCGGCCGGACCCGACUCAGCGGACGCCAGCUCAGCAUGGACGAAAACUCCACGACCAUCCACUCGACACCACCGAGCCCGGCACCCCGGACUUUGCCAAGCUCCUACAGGACUUCCUGCUCGCCGGUGCAGGGUACAACCUCUUCUCUUUUGUCUCCUACUCCGCUGUCCGGAUCGUCGUCCUAUACGCCGCCGCCUUCACGUACCCGGGCCAGGAGCGUACUAUUACUACCUUCGGCGCGCUCCUAGGCCAAGCUAAGGCGCAGAUCAAGGGGCCACUGCUCACGCUCGCCUUCGUCUACAUCCUGGAGACCUUCAGCUUCGUGUCUCUGACGGCCAUGGCAUCACUUCUCGGCCUUCUCGAGGCGAAGCAAUACUUGGCGACUUUGCUUGUGGCCUCGCUGCUCGGCUUCGCUGCCGUCGUCUGCCUCGAGUACUUCUCCUUCCUCUGCUCCUUCAGCGUCGUCGUGGCGGUAGCCGAGCCCGACUGCUACGGCGCGGCGGCUUUAGGCAAGGCGUGGAGGCUGGCGAAUGGGAACAAGCGGCAGGUCGUGCUCUACCUCGCCGUGACCGGAGCACUGUCCGCCGCCGUAUCGCCGGUGCACACGCUCGCAAGGACUAAUAAUAGCGUCGAGCUUGGGUUGCUCCUGGGUUUCGUGUACGCGCUUCUGCUGGCGCUCGUGCAGCUCUUCUCUGACUGCGCCAUGACCGCCUUCUACUACGAGCGCAGGGACUGGAUACCCUAGCUAUCAGAAGAAGAACGCCCGAUUGCUGGCAUGGAAAUUUCGACACUGUAAUAUGUAAUGUU